AUGAUUUUAAAACAUGUCGAUAUCAUAUUACAGAUAUUUUAUGCCGGUGCCAUAAUUAGUGUCCUUCUGGCUAAGUUUUAUCCCAAAUUGAAUAGACUUUUAAAAUAUGGAAAGACGUUAGAUGGUUCAACCAAUAAACCAAUUGAAAAAGACAACAGAUUACUUGACAACCUAUUACAGAUUUAUGUCCCAAAGUAUUGGUUUUUCCAUUUUUAUGUGGUUUCCCUCACACUAUCCGCUAUAUUUUUUGCCUUAUUACAUUGGGGGUUGAAAUCCAAAGAUGCAUGGUCCUACUUUUUAAUAUUGGUUCAUUCUUUCAGAAGGCUAGUUGAAAACCUGUUCAUCUUAAGACAUAGCAGUAAAUCUAAAAUGCAUUUAUCACAUUAUUUGGUUGGUAUUUUCUUUUAUUCUGCAAUCAAUCUCAAUAUCAUUAUAAAUACAUCACUUGGAGAGGAUGAUUUACAAGAAGAGCCUGAAUUGGAUUAUAAGAUUUUUAUUCCUUUGUUUCUUUUUUUAAUUGGUUUUGGCGACCAAUUUUUAAAUCAUUUUCAUCUUUCAAAAACCAUCAAGUACAAUUUACCAAGCUUUGGAAUGUUCAAGCUUAUCUGUUGUGCUCAUUAUUUUGAUGAAAUUCUCAUUUAUACAUCAGUAUAUCUACUUCUCGGAAACAAAACUUCUCUUAUAAGUUUGAUAUGGGUUAUCGUUAACUUGACAGUGUCUUCUAUAGAGACGCGGAAUUAUUACAAAAUUAACAAUGAAGGAAAGAUUCCCAAAUGGAGUAUAAUACCGUUCGUAAUAUAA